AUGGAUGGAAUUCCAUGGGACCAGGUCAGGCCGGGGGAUCUGGAGCCCUUGCAGGUCGCGCUCUUUUCGAGUUCGACCUUGCGCAGGCUCCGGGCCCUGCAAGAACUCCGCGAUAGGAUCGGAUCCGAACUGUCUCCGGAAUCCCACCACGAUAUCCUAGUGCUACUCUUCCAAACUUACCCCCGCUACGUUGAUCGACCAUCACGACAGGCUGUUCAGCAAUGCCUCCGCAACCUCCUCCGAGCACCAGCCGCCACAGAACACCUUGAAUACUUGACGCAAAAUUUGCAGACCGAGGCAGCGAAGGGCGGCUUGAACUCGACCUCCGCGUUCAUUCUGCUGGAAUGGUGCUGCGUUCUCUUGCAGCAGAUUAGCGAGGAUGAGGCCACACCUUUGGCCAGUGUUCUGGACCUGAUCGCCGUGGAUGCAAAGGCGUUAGAAAAUUGCUUCGCGCACACACCCAAGCCCCCGGUGAUGCUAUCGGCUUUCCGGGUGACCAGACGUGCUCUACGCGCGGUGUUCUCCAACCAGACAUGGGGUGAGGAUGCUGUGCGUCAAUCCGUCAGCCGUUUGACUUCAGACACAGUGGCGGGGUUUAAGAAUGCGCUGCUUCUGGGAGUCAUUUCCGGAGUUUGCGCACGACUGCCAGCCCGAGAGCCGAUUCUUAUGGAGUGCAAGAAGGAAAUUCUGGCCUUUUAUGUCAAGGAGAUUAUUAGCUCGAAGACUGCGGUGCCUUCCCAUGUAGCCGGCGGAAUGACCGAUUUCUUUACCUCCUUUGUCACCGCCGAAGAUGUGACCACCGAAUUGGUUCCUCCAAUGGAGAAAUCCAUGCUAAGAGCACCCGAGGUGAUCUUGACAGGCGUGAUCCCGCCCUUCUGCUCCUCUCUACCAGAAGAGAUUGACCUCUCAGAGUUAGUCCAGACUCGUUUCUCGAAACACCUUCUAAGUAGCAUGAAAUCGAACAAUGCGCUGGUGAGACAAGGUGCCGCUGACUCCUUCAAAUCCUUGCUCUCUCGUUGCAAGACCGAGUCCUUGGUCCAGAAGAUCGCUACUGAAAUCAUCGGUCCAUUGAAAACACAGAAGAUCACUGCACCUGAGCAUCGCAUUGCCUAUGCGCAGGCGCUCUCGGCUGUUCCGUUGUCUGCGAACGUCUCGAAAGAGAUUGUCCAAGGAUUCGGACCCCUUUUCGCGCGAGAGUCUAACGAGGCCGCUCUGGAAGAAGAACUCAGAGCCUUCGACACGCAUCUUGCUUUCCUGAUCAAAACUUCCGUCAAGGUCAGCGACGAUAUUAUCAACACCAUUGUCAAAGGCAUUUCUGAAAAGCGAAUCCCUUUCCGGAAGAUCUGGCAGCUCAAUGUUGGCGAAGUGCUGUGGACAUCCGAUGUUGGUGCUUUGAAGAGCGCUGAGGUUGAGCCCCUCGUCACCAAAUUCAUUUCGAAGAUGAAAGAUCUAUUUGGAGAAGUUGCCUCCAAUCCGCUCCCCUCCGCCCAAAGUGGUGCCUUAUCUUCCGCCUACGUUUUCCUGGCUUUGUUCCAGCGUAUUGGGGACGUUUCAGGCUCUGAUAAGUCCACGUGGGAAGAGAAGGCAUCGCAAUCCAUGAUGAUGGGCUCAAAGCCCUCAUUCCUUCUCAAUCCUAAGGCCUAUUCCAAAGUGGGAUCUCAGGCUGAGAUGCAAUGGUUCGUGAGAGCUCUCGGGGCUGUCACUUCUAGUGCUCAGUUCAAGGCGGCUGAGGAUUCUGCGAAGAUUGCUUGGGGUCAGGCCUUCAUUUAUGCCAUUACCGGACCCUCCAUGUCUCCUAAACUCCGUGAACUUGCCGUAGGAACCCUGUCCGAAGUUCACAGCAAGGAUGUUGCAUCCAUCGGACGUAUUAUCAUCGACGCACUGUGGGCUUGGAUAGUGUCUUUCCGCACUGCAGAGAAGGAAUCGGCUGCUAUUUCCGCAGGACCUGCGAGCGAGCGUUUGCUUCAUCUGGUCUUGAAGGGCCUGUGUCCUGUUCCUAAGGAAGGAUCCGCGGGACCUUCUCCCGAUCUUGAUAAUCAACUUAUCAGCAUGCUUAUCCUUAGCCGCCAAGAGUUGAUCCCUAGUGCUUCUUGGAUCGAUUUGUGCUUAAGAACCGGCACUGAUCCCGGUAACCUAGUCCGCGCUCAUCCCGCGGAGUGCAUCGAGCAACUAGUCCGUGUCAACACAGACCCUGUCCAGUCAGCUGUACCGCUCGUCAACUCUGCUGUGUGGACUGCCGCAGGUGAUCUGGCGUUCGUCGCUCCAGAUGUCAUGAUCCCCCGUCUCGUUGAGCAAAUUAAGGAAGAUCUGGACGGCGCUCGUCUUGCCAAAUUUACCGCCACCGACGCCGCAAUCUCCCGAACUCCCGAGGGAACCGUCUUUGUUGAUGUUUUGAGCAGCAAGUCUAAGCAGCCUACUUUCAACAAGAGCACCAAGGAUUACGAUACUUUGAAAUGGGAGGAGGAGCUCCGGGCACAGCUGGCAGAGAAGAAGGGCCAGAAGACAAAGAAGCUCACUGCGGAGGAGCAAUCCAAGGUCAAUGCUCAACUUAAGAAGGAAGCAGAGAUCCGAAGAGAAGUCCUUCAAGAAGUUAAGCGAAUUGAACGAGGAGCCGGCCUCAUCCGUGGUCUUGCGACUGGUCCUGCCAAUGACCCUGAAGGGUGGAUCAAUACUGCCGUAAGCUGCCUUCUUUCUCUUGCUGAUGCUGGCGCUGGCCUGUUCGUCGGUGAUGUUGUGUCCCAGGCGUAUAUCGUCUGUGCUAACGAGCUGUCUUCGCGUCUGGGCAACACCCGGCCAUUUGUGGGAAUCGCAACCCUGCGCGCCAUCGGAAACACAAAUCUGCCCGCGGAUAUGGAAAAGGAGCACCUUGGAGAGCUUGUCACGAGAAUUUUGUAUCGCUUGCGAUUCGCAUCUGAGCAGCGUCCUCUGGACACCCCGUCCCUCGCCUAUGUGUUCCCUUUGAUCUCAUUAAUCCUGACUCGCAAUGGAAUCAAUGAAGUCAAGGGUGACACCGAAGGCGAGCAAGUUCUACUUGCUCUUGAAUUCCUAUCCUUCCACUCCAAUUCCUUUGCUGAUGUCCGCCUGCCUCGCGUUGAAGUUCUCAAGCAGCUUCUCUCAGCUAUGCAGAAAUACACUCAGCACUACAAGUUGAUCAAAGAUACUCUAUUUGAUAUCUGCCGCUGUAUCUCUCCCAAUCUCACCAGUGGAGAACUGAACGUUCUUCUGGAGGGUACCAUUGUCUCCGAACCUUCUGUCAGGACAUCCGUUCUGCAAGUGAUCGACGAUGAAAUCGACCUGACAGAUCUUGACUUCUCCGAGCACAUCUGGCUAAGCCGCCACGAUCACGUGGAAGAGAACGCGGUGAUCGCAGACUCUAUUUGGGAGGAAAACGCCUUGGAGGUGGACGAGACGGCCUACGCUAAGAUCAUGAAAUAUCUGGACUCCAAGGACAAUCAACUUCGAGGUGCCGCCGCCCGUGCCCUAGCUGCUGCAAUCGAGACCGACAAGAGCAAAUUCGCCAGUAUCUUGGCUGAACUUCAGGCCAAGUAUUCGGACGAGGUCAAGCCCAAGGCUCCCGAGAAGGAUGCUUAUGGCAUGCCCAAGAAGGUUGAUAACACCGACGUUUGGGAGCCCCGAAGUGGUAUCGCUCUAGCAUUCAGUGCCAUGACUGGCUUCUUUGAAGGCGAGCAGAUCGUUUCUUUCCUUCAAUUCUUGAUUGAGAGAGGCCCACUUGUCGACAAGAACUCUUCUGUCCGAUCUCAAAUGCAGGAGAGCGGCAAGUCCAUCAUUGCAGAGCGUGCCCAGCAAAAGGUUGAGGAUCUCAUGAAGCUCUUUGAGACCACACUGGAAACCUCGGAUAAGGCUGCCCAGAGCUCUGAUUUGCUGAACGAGGCGGUCGUCGUGCUCUACGGAUCGCUGGCCCGACACUUGAAGGCCGAGGACCCUCGUCUGCAGAUCGUUGUCAAGAAGCUUCUUGCUACGCUCCCUACUCCCUCGGAAACCGUUCAGUCUGCUGUGUCAGAGUGCCUGCCUCCGUUGAUCAGACUUUCUGGUCCCAAGACGGCAGACUAUGUCAAGGAAAUGAUCGAUUCAUUGCUUAACGUCAAGAACUACGCCACUCAGCGCGGUGCUGCCUACGGUCUCGCAGGUAUUGUUGCUGGCAAGGGUAUCUCAACACUGCGGGAGUUCCGAAUCAUGAGUGUGUUAACAGAUGCCACCGAGAACAAGAAGGAACCCCACCAGAGAAUGGGAGCUCUGUUGGCAUACGAGCUCUUUGCCUUCGUCCUUGGACGUACCUUUGAGCCCUAUGUCGUUCAGAUCGUACCCCAACUUCUUGCAGGAUUCGGCGACGUCAACAUUGAUGUUCGUGAUGCCUGUCUCGAUGCUUCCAAGGCUUGCUUCCAGAACCUCAGCUCGUAUGGUGUGAAGAAGAUACUUCCUACACUGCUCGACGGUCUGGACGAUACUCAAUGGCGUAGUCAAAAGGGUGCUUGCGACCUUCUCGGAGCCAUGGCUUAUCUCGACCCGCAACAGCUUGCUGCCAGUCUGCCUGAUAUCAUCCCGCCUCUUACCAUUGUCCUGAAUGAUACGCACAAGGAAGUCCGAAACGCAGCUAACCGCAGUCUGCAGCGAUUCGGAGAGGUCAUUAGCAACCCUGAAGUCAAGAGUCUGGUCAACGUGCUUUUGAAGGCCCUGAGUGACCCUACGAAAUACACCGACGAAGCGCUGGACUCCCUGAUCAAGGUGUCCUUCGUCCACUACCUGGAUGCUCCCUCUCUGGCGCUUGUCGUGCGUAUUCUCGAGCGCGGUCUUGGAGACCGGUCCGCCACCAAACGCAAGUCUGCACAGAUCAUUGGCAGCUUGGCUCAUCUUACCGAGCGGAAGGAUCUGAUUUCGCACUUGCCAAUCAUCGUGGCUGGUCUCAACAUGGCUAUUGUCGACCCUGUUCCUACCACUCGUGCUACUGCUUCAAAGGCUCUUGGUUCGCUCAUUGAGAAGCUCGGAGAGGAUGCUCUGCCCGACCUCAUUCCCAACCUUAUGACUACUCUCAAGUCCGACACUGGCGCUGGCGACCGUCUUGGAUCCGCCCAAGCCCUUUCGGAGGUUCUUGCAGGUCUGGGUACUGCCAGACUCGAGGAGACCCUGCCUACCAUCCUUCAGAACGUCUCCAGCUCUAAGCCUGCUGUUCGUGAAGGCUUCAUGACCCUCUUCAUCUUCUUGCCCGCUUGCUUUGGUAACAGCUUCGCCAACUAUCUUAGCAAGAUCAUUCCCCCGAUCCUUGCUGGUCUGGCUGAUGAUAUCGAGUCAAUCCGUGAGACCUCUCUUCGUGCUGGUCGUCUGCUUGUCAAGAACUUCGCCACCAAAGCCAUCGACCUUCUUCUUCCCGAGUUGGAGCGUGGACUGGCGGACGACAGCUACCGCAUCCGUCUCAGCUCCGUCGAGCUGGUUGGAGAUCUUCUCUUCAGUCUUACUGGUAUUUCUGGCAAGACCGAUGCCGAAGAAGAGGAGGAAGAGGCAACCCAGGCUGGCCAGUCCCUGUUGGAGGUCCUUGGAGAGGAGAGGAGAGACAAGGUCCUCUCUGCCCUGUUCAUCUGCCGCUGCGAUACUUCUGGUCUCGUCAAGAGUGCCGCCAUGGCUGUUUGGAAGGCCCUUGUUGCCUCCCCCAAGACCCUCAAGGAUAUGGUGCCCACGUUGGCUCAACUCAUCAUUCGCCGCCUCGGAUCCUCUAACAUGGAGCAGAAGGUUAUUGCCAGUAACGCUCUCGGCGACCUUAUUAAGAAGGCUGGCGAGUCUGUGUUGGCCACCUUGUUGCCGUUGCUUGAGGAAGGUCUUCAGACCUCGCCCGAUGUGGAUGUUAAGCAGGGUAUCUGUAUUGCUCUGCGUGAGCUUAUCACUGCUGCCACCCCCGAGGGUCUGGAGGACUUCGAGAAGGUUCUUAUCUCUACGGUGCGUGUCGCUUUGGUCGACAACGACGAGGAUGUGCGAGAGGCUGCUGCCGAAGCCUUCGAUGCUUUGCAGCAAAUUCUGGGCAAGAAGGCCGUGGACCAGGUUCUGCCUUACCUUCUCCACCUGCUGAGAAACGACGAGGAUGCCGAGCAAGCUUUAUCUGCUCUGCUGACUCUCCUGACCGAGCAAACUCGUGCCAACAUCAUUCUCCCCAACCUCAUCCCCACACUGCUCACACCUCCUGUUUCCGCAUUCAAUGCCAGAGCCCUGGCAUCUUUGGCCGAGGUUGCUGGCUCAGCCAUGACGAGAAGACUGCCCAACAUCCUGAACUCUCUCAUGGAUGGAAUCAUCGAGGCCAAGGACGAAGAGCUUCGCGAGGAACUCAGCACUUCGUUCGAUACUGUGUUACGCUCUGUGGAUGAGUAUGAUGGUUUGAAUGUGGCGAUGAACGUAAUGAUCGGUCUCGUCAAGCACGACGAUCACCGUCGCCGCGCCAAGGCCGCUCUUCAACUCAAGACAUUCUUCUCAGAUGCUGAGGUUGACUUCUCGCGUUACCACCCUGACUUGAUCCGCGUCUUGUUGAUUUCUUUCGACGACUCGGACAAGGACGUUGUGAAGGCGGCUUGGGCCGCCCUCAGUGGCCUCAUCUCUUCCAUGCGCAAGGAGGAGAUGGAGGUUCUGGCCAUUCCCACUCGCCAGAUCUUGCGCCAAGUUGGCGUACCUGGUGCAGAUCUACCCGGUUUCAGUCUGCCCAAGGGUAUAAUGGCCAUCUUGCCGAUCUUCUUACAGGGUCUGCUUAACGGAAAUCCCGACCAGCGUACCCAGUCAGCCCUUGCCAUCUCCGAUAUCAUUGACCGUACUGGCUCCGACUCACUCAAGCCCUUCGUCACCCAAAUCACUGGUCCUCUCAUCCGUGUCGUGUCUGAGCGUUCUACAGACAUCAAGUGUGCCAUCUUCUUCACCCUCAACAAGCUCCUGGAGAAGAUUCCAUUGGCCGUCAAACCCUUCUUGCCUCAGCUUCAGCGUACUUUUGCCCGUGGUCUGGCCGAUCCAUCUAGUGAGACUCUGCGCAACCGAGCUGCCAAGGGUCUUGGUAUCUUGAUCACUCUGACACCCAGAGUCGACCCGCUUAUUGCUGAGCUGAUCGCCGGAUCGAAGACCACUGAUGUUGGUGUCAAGAAUGCCAUGAUGAAGGCUCUCAAGGAGGUUGUUGGCAAAGCCGGUGGCAACAUGAGCGAGGCAUCUCGCACAGCCAUUCUGGCUUUGAUUGACGAUGAUGCCAGUGACCAGAAUGAUGCCGUAGCGAUGACCAACGCCCGCCUCCUCGGUGCCCUCGUCAAGGUCCUCCCCGAGGCGAGUGCUGUGCCUCUUAUCAAGAGCCGCAUUCUCAACGGAGAGUACUCGCACGCUUCUGUGCUUGGCCUCAAUGCUCUCUUGGCGGAAGCCCCUGCCACUCUAAUGGAGCAUUUCCCUACGGAGACCAUCACGGCUAUCUGCCAGGGUGUUGCGAACAAAGAUCCCUACGUGGCCGACAACAGCGUUCUCGCUGCUGGCCCUAUCGCCCGUCAUUCCCCCGGCGCCAAUCCUGAUACUCGCCGGUUGACACUUGUCGUCAUCCGAACGGUGAGCCGUCUGCACCCCGAGUUGACACGCCCCCACCUGGCCAUGCUGGCACCACCAAUAUUCGCCAGCGUCCGCGACCUAGUCAUCCCCGUGAAGCUGGCCGCGGAAGCCGCUUUCUUGUCUCUGUUCUCCGUGGAAGAUUCCGAGAGCGAAGUCUUCGACAAGUAUAUGGCCGGACCUGGUGCCUCGCUGCCCCCCGGCCCGAAGCGCAGCAUGUCGGACUACUUUAAGCGUGUUGCUAUCCGACUGGCUACCCAGGCUCGUGAGCGCAAGGCUGCUGAAGGUGGCGAGGGUGGUCUUGGACUUUCCCAGGAUGAGGUGGAUGAUGAAAAGGAAGUGUGGAGUAUUGGCAAGGUCGAUCUGACUGAUGAUUCGUUUGGCGACGACCCUAAGCACACUCCAAGUCUCAAAUUGGACGGACUCGCUUACAGCACAUUAGCUAAUCGGCCCGCCCCAAACUCCUCACCGUCUGGAUUUCCCGUCGAGUGCUACGAGAACUUCAUCCGCCAACGACCAUACGCCGACAUCAAGAUGGUCAACCUUCGCACCCAGAAGCGCCUCGCCGCCUCCGUGGUCGGCUGCGGCAAGCGCAAGAUUUGGCUCGACCCCAAUGAGAUGAACGAGAUCUCCAACGCCAACUCCCGUCAGACCAUCCGCAAGCUCGUCAGCGAUGGCCUUAUCAUCCGCAAGCCCGUCACCAUGCACUCCCGUGCUCGCGCCCGUGAGCUCAACGAGGCCCGCCGCAUCGGUCGUCACCGCGGUCUGGGUAAGCGCAAGGGUACCAAGGACGCCCGUAUGCCCUCCCAGGUCCUCUGGAUGCGCCGCAUGCGUGUCCUCCGUCGUCUGCUCGUCCGUUACCGUGCCGCCGGCAAGAUCGACAAGCACCUUUACCACGAGCUGUACCACUUGAGCAAGGGUAACACCUUCAAGCACAAGCGCGCUCUGGUUGAGCACAUCCAGAAGGCCAAGGCUGAGCGCGCCCGUGAGCGUGUCCUCAAGGAGGAGAUGGACGCUAAGCGUGCCAAGAACAAGGCUCUCCGUGAGCGUCGGGCGGAGCGUGUUGAGGCCAAGCGCAACGCUCUGGUCGCCGAGACCCAGGAGUAAAUCACUCCAGCAUGAUG